ACCUCGUUUUUAUCAUUUACGAUUUGCGCCCACCGGAAGUCAAAAUGGACACCGAUCUCACUUCCAAAACCACCAAAAACGGUCGUUUCCUAUUUCUGAUUAUGCCACUUUCAGCCCUUUUUAUAGUUACCUUUUCUGUUUUAUCUUGCUUCCCAUCUACAAAUUACUACCCUACACUUUCAUCAGUUACAAAACAACUCACUUCACAUUUACACACUCCAAAAAUCCUACCAACUCAAACCGCAGUUUUGCAUUAUUGUGAUGGUGCACUCUACCAAGACCUUUGUGUCUCCACAUUAACACGUAUUUCACCAGAUAUCUCCUCUAAAUCAUUACCCGAAAUUAUCUCCGCUGCGGUAAAUGAAACAAUCUCUCAAGUCCAAUCUAUCGAUAACAAUGUUGUAAAUCGUCAUCUUGAGAGUCGGGCACUUGAGGAUUGUCAUGCUUUAUUUCUUGAAACCAUCUCCCAACUUAAAAAUGUUGUCUCAUACUUAUCGAAUGCUAGAAAAUUUGAUGAUGUCCAAACAUUGCUAAGUUCUGCUAUGACAAAUUUAGACACUUGUCUAGAUGGAUUCGAAGGCAGCACAUCUCAGGAAGUAGGCCAAGAAUUUCAUAACACGGUGAAAGGGAUAUCUCAUCAAGUUAGUAUUUCGCUUGCAUUGUUGAAGAAAGCAAACCAAACUUCGCAAAUCGGGGCAGUCGUAGAGCACAAUGAUAAGUCUGAUAUGUCUUUGUAAAAAUACAGGGAUCCCAAAUUGCAAAGAUGUUAAAAGUGAUUGGUUCCAAAAUGGAAGUAGGGAAAAGUCGAGAGUGUUAACCACAAGAAUAAUGUUCCAUACACCAUUAUUACAUAGGAUUUGUAAUGUAUAAAAUGUGAAAUAAGUAUUCGUAAAAAAAGUAGAUGAUGUAAGGAUUUAUUAUUUUCAAUUAGGUUGUAUUUGUGUAAGCUAAAAGUGUAACUCUAAAAUCAUUCAAUCACGAAAUAAAAAAGCUUUCGGCUUUGUGUA